AUGGCAACAUGCGAAAUUGAGAAAAAUAUGAUUACAAUUCGACGGGCAAUUUUCUGUUAUCUGACCAAUACCACGGACUUUAUUGCACAGAAUCGAUCGAUCAGUACAGAAUUUUGGGACAAUAGGUUAUGUGAUGAUUCUCUUAUUUAUGACAGUAUAAGCAGUGUUGAACGGGCGUUCGGUACCAAUUUAACGCUUUUCACUGUGAUUCGUCAUCCGAUCGAUCGAUUUCUCAGUGGAUACGUCGAUAAAUGCAUGAACGAUCUGACAUACUACACGGCGGAAGAACGAUGUUUUGGAUGUCGGGACGAUAUGAAAUGUUUUGUCGAUCGUCUUCAUGCACUAUUUAUCCAGUACUAUGAUGGUGUGAAAAGCGCUGAUUAUGAAAAAGCGCGUUUCAACGACUACUACGUCCGGCAUUUUGCUCCCCAAACAUGGCCGCUGAGGACACAACACUGCCCAAAUACAGUUUUGUAUAUCAUUGUGGAUUACGGUAGCGGACCUGACCGUACCCAGAAGGUCGCCAACGAUUUUCAAAAAGUUUUCAGACGAGCACAGGUGCCUGAUCACCAUCUGCAAAUAAUCUACACCGAGAUGAUGAGUAAGUGUUCAUUGAAUUUAGAUUCUGUAAUAUUAGGGUCCUACAGCACAGUCCAUGCUAAUUGUGUUGGUGGACAUUGCUGA